AUGAGGCUGGAAUGUCAUCCAACAGGACCGCGAUCGUGCUACGACGAAUCGAAGCGUCUGGGAGAGACGCUCUGCAUGGCCUACAGGGAUCGCGAGAAUGUGGACGUCCGCAUCGCCCGGAUCUUCAACACCUUCGGUCCCAGGAUGAGCGUGCAGGAUGGCAGAGUCGUGUCCAACUUCAUCCUCCAGGCUCUCGGCGACGCUCCCAUCACGAUCUACGGCAAGGGAAACAACACGAGGAGCUUCCAGUACGUGUCAGACCUGGUCGACGGGCUUCUGCGCCUCAUGAACAGCAGCUACACCAUGCCCGUGAAUCUGGGCAACCCAGACGAAUACGAGAUCGGCGAAUUCGCCCAGCUGAUCAAGAAGAUGACCGGCUCCAAGAGCGAGAUCAAGCUCGUCGACGGCGUGAAAGUGUCCGAGGGCCUCCAGAAGACGAUCAAAUACUUCAGCGCCGAGCUGAAGCAGCGCGACUUCAGCACCAGGAACCUCUACUCCCCCUGGAACGAGAAGUAA